UUUCCCAUCUCAUUCUUCUUCCUACCUUCUCCUUCCUCUCGCUGUUCUCUCUUUCCAACAAAAACGCUCGCACGAAAAGGAAACAAUAAAAAAGCUCUCUUCUCUCUGUCGCUCUGUGUUACUAUCAAUGCCUGCGCAGAAGCGUUCUCUGUCAGAGAAUCUGGACGAUGAAGAGCCUCAUCACCAGCAUACCGAGCAAUCUCGGCCCGAACCAGAAGACGAAGAUGAUGUAGAAGGAGAAGGAGAAGGAGAAGAGCAGCAAGAUGAAGAAAAAGAAGUCGAGGAAGAAGAUGAAGAAGAAGUGGGUGGAGGAGGAGAAGAAGAAGAAGAAGAAGAAGAAGAAGAAGAGGAAGGAGAUGAUGAUGAAGCGGAGGUUAAGCAACCUCAUCAAGAACAAAUGCUACAUCAAGAAAACGAUGAAGAUGAUGAAGAUGAAGCAGAAGAUUCUGAGGGCAGCCCAUCUUCUAUCUCCCAAGAAAAACCCGAAUUUGUUUUUGUACGACUGACGGACAUUCGUAAAGAUGUGCAGUGUCCUAUCUGUCUUGGGAUUAUUAAAAAAACCCGAACUGUAAUGGAAUGCCUUCACCGCUUUUGCCGGGAAUGCAUUGACAAAUCAAUGCGAAUGGGGAAUAAUGAGUGUCCUGCUUGCCGCACACAUUGUGCCAGUAGACGCUCUUUGAGAGAUGAUCCAAACUAUGAUGCCCUAAUUGCAGCUCUAUAUCCAGAUAUUGAUAAGUAUGAGGCAGAGGAAUUGGCAUUUCAUGAAGAGGAGAGGACACGUAAUAAGCAGAUUCAAGCGUCGAUUGCCCAAAUUUUUCAACGACAAUCAGAAGCUUUAGUUAAGAGACGCACGGGUAAAGAUACAGGAGGUCCAUUUAUGACAAGAUUGCAGCGCGGUAGUCGGACUGCUCAUUCAAGGAGACGAAACUGCCGAGGCAUUGAACUUCAAGGAUCUGAGGAUAAUGAAGACGAAAAUGAUAACAAGGAUUCAUCCUCUGCUGAUGAACGAUGUACAGAGGUCAGGCAAAAAAGGCGCAAGAGACGGGCAGGAAUCAGGUCAUCUCUGCCUUCCUCAUCAGCAGCCAAUUCAGAUGUUGGGUGCACUGAAAAUGAUUUAGAUGUCAGCAGAGAAAACAGAGGAAUAUCUCCUGGGCUUGUUUGGAACUCUGAAAUGCUUGCUUGGGGCCGGGCUGGUACCCGGAGUCACACAAGGUACGGGAAUGCUAGCAGCUGCAGCAGUAAGAGUGCCCAAAAUGCCCGCUUGUCUAAGUUGGUUGAUUAUCUCCGGAGCUUAGAGGAGAACAACGACGAGUCAGAUGUUCAUCUCAUGCUUAUUUCUCUGGACAAGGAAACACCAAGUUUGCAGCAGCCACACCUUUGCUGUCGGCCAAGUUUGUCUGUUAAACACCUAUGUGAAUACAUUGCUCGACGGACGCCUUUACAAGCUGACGACAUUGAAAUAUGGGCCCUAAAAGGGCAAGACACUUUGGGUGGGUUUAAAUCCAAUAGCAUUUUGGAAAAUGCAGAUGAUCUAGAUCCUGUGCCCAUGCUGGUUGAUCCAUGCAAGGACCAGCUACAACUUCUGCAACAGCACGAAGAUUUGGGAAGGCUUAAAGCCACAUACAUUUCCAGCAUGAACCAUUUGAUUUUAGCGUACCGGCCGAAGCAGACUGGUUAAUUUUCCAAGACUUGCCAGCAUUCUAGAAUCGUAGAAGUUCAUCUCAUUUGCUGUUGAUAAGAGAGCUAGUAGUAGAUGAUAGUCAUAGAGAGGUCACGGGAUGAAUUGAACCUAUUUGAAGGAUUUUUCCAGUUACAUCGUUGAUAAUGUAAAUCUAUCCCGAUUAAUAAUUUUAAGAAAUCAACACAACAGCUUUCUUUAUCAUACAGUUUUCUUUUUGUUUUCUGAGGUUUCAUUUGAUAGUUGCCGGACAUUUUAUUGUAUACUCGUGCUUGUUUAUUGAUGCCAUUUUUUA